GGCAUCUUCAUCCCAGAGGUUUGCAUGCCUCGAUCUUCGUUCGUUAGAUAAAUCUUGCUCACGUGCUUAUCAUAAAUCUCCAGAAGAGUUUACACUGGAGUUUGACUUAUUCACUUGCAAAAGAGACGUUUAA